AUGCCUCGUGAACAGCAGAAAAGAGGCCGCAGAGCCGAGAAAAAAUCCCAGAAAGAUGAUUCCAAAAGAAAGUUUGAGGAGGCGGCCGAAGCUCCGGAAGCGAAAAGAAUGAAGUCCUCUACCGACGACGCCGACGCCGAAUUCCAAGAAAAUGCGGAUUACAUUCCCCUCGAUCAAGAGGAACAGCAGGAAUCCCAGGGCCCUGAAGAUAAUGGCGAUAUGCCUUUCUUUGGUCUUUUGGAUGAGGAGGAGUCAGAAUACUUCCAGCGCGCCAAUGAAAUGCUGGAGCUGAACCAGUUCCAGGACCUCGAGGAGCGGAGCUUGUUUGUCGACAGUGUAUACUCGGAAGCCAGUGGCAAAGAGUUGAAAAUUGCUUGCAGUCAGGGUUGUUCAAGACUAAUGGAGAAAUUGAUCUCCAUGUCAAACGCUCAACAACUGCGCCGGAUAUUCAGCAAGUUCGUGGGUCACUUCCUUCACCUGGUACAGCAUCGAUUUGCAAGCCACUGCUGUGAGACACUUUUUAUCCACGCCGCGCCUGCUGUGAUGCAGAAGACGAAAUACAACAAGAAGUCCGACGAGGAAGAUGGAGAGGAGGAGCCGGAGCUCUCGAUCGCAGACAUGUUCAUGGCUGUCAUUGAAGAGUUGAAGGAAAAUUGGGGAUACUUGUUGACGGAGCGCUUUGCGUCGCAUACAAUCCGAGUGCUACUUCUGGUUCUUGCAGGAGAGCCUGUGGAUGUCACAUCAAACGAGUCAUUUGUCGCAAGUCGCAGUAAGGAAAGACUUGAAAUCCCAACUGUCCAAGGCGAGGAGAAGGUGGAUAAAUCCAAGUCCGAGAAGCACAGUGUCCCAGAGACCUUUGAGCCGGCACUCAAAAAGAUCAUGACCGAUAUGGUUGCCGGUAUCGAUGACACUUAUCUCCGCGCCAUGGCCACGCAUCCCGUGGGCAACCCAGUGCUCCAAGUGCUUUUGUUCCUGGAGCUCUCGCAUUUCGGCAAGUCGAGUGCCAAAGACCCCAAAUCUACCAUCCGAAGACUUGUUCCAGAUGAGUCGUUCGAGGAAGAUUCGGAGAGCGCAAUCUUCAUUCGUGGCCUCCUAUACGACCCAGUUGGCUCUCGCUUAUUAGAGACAAUGGUGCGUUACCUUCCCGGUAAGGCAUUCAAAAACCUCUACAGGAACAACUUGGGCGAACGGAUCGGGUCUCUCUCUCGCAAUUCCACCGCUGGAUAUGUGGUUCUUCGGAUGCUGGAAAGACUCGGCAAAGACGACUUGAAGAUUGCCAUGAGUAACAUUGUCCCUGAAGUUCCGGGACUAAUUGAGCGGUCGAGACUCAUUGUCCCCAAGAUGUUGAUCGAGCGAUGUGUCCACCGUGGCGUUGAUACUAAACCUCUUGCUGAAGCACUUGAGGCUGCUUAUGACAAGGACCCAAGCACCAGACUACAGCAGAUGCUCAAGUUCAACAUAUCAGAGACCCCAGCUCCUCAAUCUGAAGACCACGAUAUGGAUGGUGACAGCGAGGAAAAGGGCCGGAAGCCACGUGGUCCACCUCCGAUUUCUGCGGCUGAAAAGGCAGAGAAACUCCACGCCUCUCUGCUGGUGCAAGCGAUGCUGACAGUUCCGGGCCCACUCAGCCAACUGGUCUACACGGGGCUACUUGCACAAUCACCCGAAACAAUUGUUCAACUUGCUCAAGAACCCACCACCUCCCAUGUUCUUCAACAGGCCCUGAACUCCGUAAGCUCCACUGCUCAGAUCCGCCGACAGCUCACUACUCGGUUCCAGGGUCAUCUUGCAACUCUUGCCCUGAGCCCCAGUGGAUCACAUGUAGUGGACGCACUAUGGUCAGCGACCAAAGACAUCUUCUUUGUUAAGGAGCGCAUGGCGCAAGAGCUUGAGCAAAAUGAGCAGAUUCUCCGCGAUUCCUUUGUGGGUCGUGCAGUCUGGAGAAACUGGUCUAUGGAUCUAUACAAGCGUCGGCGAGGCGAGUGGACUCGCAAGGCCAAGGGCCUUGAGGAGCGAGCCGCGAACAAUGAGGGCGCCGAGCGUCCCAAGUCUAAAAUUGAACAAGCACGCGCUCGGUAUGCUGCUGCCCGGGAGGCAGCUGAGGCCGGGGCCACCGGUGCGAACCAAACUGCGGUGGCUAGCAAAUGA